AUGGCGUCUCAGCUCCAGAACCGGCUCCGCUCCGCACUGGCCUUGGUCACAGGUGCGGGGAGCGGCAUCGGCCGAGCAGUCAGUGUACGCCUGGCCGGAGAGGGGGCCACCGUAGCUGCCUGCGACCUGGACGGGGCAGCGGCACAGGAGACGGUGCAGCUGCUGGGCGGGCCAGGGAACAAGGAGGGGCCGCCCCGAGGGAACCACGCUGCCUUCCAGGCUGACGUGUCUGAGGCCAGAGCCGCCAGGCGCCUGCUGGAACAAGUGCAGGCCUGCUUUUCUCGCCCACCAUCUGUCGUUGUGUCCUGUGCGGGCAUCACCCAGGAUGAGUUUCUGCUGCACAUGUCUGAGGAUGACUGGGACAAAGUCAUAGCUGUCAACCUCAAGGGUACCUUCCUAGUCACUCAGGCUGCAGCACAAGCCCUGGUGUCCAGUGGUUGUCGUGGUUCCAUCAUCAACAUUAGUAGCAUCACAGGAAAGGUGGGGAACAUGGGGCAGACAAACUAUGUAGCAUCCAAGGCUGGAGUGAUUGGGCUGACCCAGACUGCAGCCCGGGAGCUUGGACGACAUGGGAUCCGCUGUAACUCUGUCCUCCCAGGGUUCAUUGCAACACCCAUGACACAGAAAGUGCCACAGAAAGUGGUGGACAAGAUUACUGAAAUGAUCCCGAUGGGAUACUUGGGGGACCCUGAGGAUGUGGCAGAUGUGGUCGCAUUCUUGGCAUCUGAAGACAGUGGAUACAUCACAGGGGCCUCAGUGGAAGUCACUGGAGGUCUUUUCAUGUAA